GCCGGAUGGCCGUAAUGUGGUCGCGAAUUUGGAAGGGACCUACACUCGAGGAACCUGAUUGGAGUCGGUGAACGACGAGAUGGGCUCUUUUAUUUUCGUGGAUCUUCUACCGUGCAUGCCGUUACUGUGAAGCCUGUGACAGAGUUUUAAUUAUGGCAUCGAAGGUUAGGACAUCCAUCAGACCGUGUAAUCAAGUUACUUCCCGUUAUUCGUGCUAGUUCCGCCAUUAAGAAACUAAAUCACGCUUGUGAGGUAUGUCCACAAGCUAAACAAGUUCGUGAUUCUUUCCCUAAAAGUGACAACAAAGCUAGUGGUAUUUUGGAAUUAAUCCACUGUGAUUUAUGGGGGCCUUACAAAACGCCCUCUACUUGUGAUGCUGUCUAUUUUUUGACUCUGGUUGAUGAUUUUUCCCGAGCUGUCUGGGUUUAUUUAUUGCGCGAUAAAAAGGAGGUUUGUCAAUCCUUUAUAUCCUUUAUGGCUAUGAUUGAAAAACAAUUCGGUCGCUCGGUGAAAAUUGUUCGUAGUGACAACAGGACUGAAUUCAAGGGUUUAAUUCCCUAUUUCGACGCUAAUGGUAUUAUUUUUCAGACCUCUUGUGUUCACACACCCCAACAAAACGGGAGGGUAGAACGAAAACAUCGACAUAUUUUAAAUGUGGCGCGCGCACUGAUGUUUCAAGCUAAUAUUCCUAUUUUUUUGUGGGGAGAAUGUGUUUUGACUGCUGUUCAUGUGAUUAAUCGUACACCAUCUGGAUUACUUGGGGGAAAAACACCUUAUGAGGCGUUGACUGUCCACGUUCCAGACCACUCUCACUUAAGAGUGUUCGGGUGCCUAUGCUUUGUUUAUGAUCACAGAGCCAAGAAUGAUAAAUUUGCACCGCGUAGUAGAAAGUGUGUUUUUGUUGGUUAUCCUCAUGGCAAGAAGGGUUGGAAAGUGUAUGAUUUUGCUACAGGAGACAUUUUUGUUUCUCGGGAUGUGUUAUUUCAUGAACAUGAGUUUCCUUUUCCCAAAGCACCUACUGAUGAGGAUGUUUCUGAGGCAGUUCCCACGGCACCAUUGAUAGAUGAGGACUUGCCAUCCUCCUCCAUUGAGACACACACCUCCCCUACCGCGACAUUAUCUUCAUCAGCUGAGGCUGGGCAAUCUCAGGAUGGGGAGGCCGAGCCUAUCAUCUCUCUAGGCCGCGGAUUGCGUGAAAAGCGAACAUCGGUUUUGCUUCGCGACUUUGUGACACAUCACGUGCAACACUUGAGCCCAUCUCCGUCUCCACCUGGCUCGACUUGUUCCUCAGGUAUGUCCUAUCCUAUAGCUCAUUUUGUAUCAUGUGAUCGGUUUUCUGCCCGGCAUCGGGCAUUUCUUGGUGCUAUUACAGCAGGAAUGGAGCCACACUCAUUCCGCGAGGCAAUGACUGAUCCAGGGUGGUGUGCUGCCAUGCAAAGUGAAAUCAAGGCUCUGGAAGAUAAUCAUACCUGGGAUAUGCAGCCCUUACCCCCGGGCAAGAAGGCACUUGGGAGUAAGUGGGUGUAUAAAAUUAAAUAUCACUCUGAUGGUACGGUGGAACGACUCAAAGCUCGACUUGUUGUGUUUGGUAAUCAUCAGGAGGAAGGCAUUGAUUAUACGGAGACGUUUGCUCCUGUUGCGAAGAUGGUGACCGUGCGGGUCUUUCUCGCAGUCGCCGCGGCUAGGAAUUGGGAACUACAUCAGAUGGAUGUACAUAAUGCUUUCCUCCACGGCGAUUUAGAGGAGGAAGUGUACAUGAAACUUCCACCUGGAUUUCGAACCUCACAGCCUGGUCUGGUAUGUCGUCUCCGAAAAUCUCUUUACGGGCUGCGACAAGCUCCCCGGUGUUGGUUUGCGAAGCUUGCUGCUUCACUUCGGAAAUAUGGCUUUACUCAGUCUUACUCCGAUUAUUCUCUAUUUACGUGGUGCAGAGAUAAUAUUAGCUUGCAUGUUCUUGUCUAUGUGGAUGAUUUGAUCAUUGCAGGAAAUGACUCGGAUGCUAUCACUGCAUUUAAACAUUAUUUGCAUACUUGUUUUCAUAUGAAAGACUUGGGGCACCUUAAGUACUUUCUUGGUGUUGAAGUUGCACGUAGUGCUGUGGGAAUUUAUUUGUGCCAACGUAAGUACACCCUGGAUAUCAUAUCGGAGGCUGGACUCCUUGGAGCUAAACCUGCCUCGUUCCCUAUGGAACAACAUCACGGUCUAGCUCUUGCUAAUGGAGAACUUUUGGCCGAUGCAGAGCCAUACAGGAGGUUGGUCGGGCGACUUAUUUACCUCUCCUUUACUCGUCCUGACGUCGCCUAUGCUGUCCAUAUACUCUCCCAAUUUAUGCAGGCACCGUGCCAAGAACAUUGGCAUGCGGCUCUUCGUGUGGUUCGGUAUCUUAAGGGAUGCCCUGGACAGGGUAUUCUUCUCUCUUCAUCGUGUGAUUUGCUUCUUUCUGGAUGGUGUGACUCAGACUGGGCUAGCUGUCCUCUUACGCGACGUUCUCUUUCUGGAUGGGUUGUUUUUCUUGGUAGCUCCCCUAUUUCUUGGAAGACCAAGAAACAACAUACUGUGUCCCGAUCCUCUGCCGAAGCAGAAUACCGUUCCAUGGCAUCUAUUACUGCAGAACUCAAAUGGCUUAAGGGUCUUCUUCUUAGUCUCGGCGUUGUCCAUUCUCGUCCCAUGACUCUUAUGUGUGAUAGCAAGUCUGCUAUUGAUAUUGCACAAAACCCGGUAUUUCAUGAACGGACAAAGCAUAUUGAAGUUGACUGUCACUAUGUUCGUGACGCUUUGCAGGAUGGGUUGCUCACUACUCACCAUGUUUCUACGCACGAUCAGCUCGCGGAUAUAUUUACCAAGGCGCUUGGAAAGAACCAAUUUCUUUAUCUUCUUCGCAAGUUAGGCAUUUGUGAUCUGCAUGCUCCAACUUGAGGGGGAUGUUGAACCAAUAUGGGCUUGUAUAAUUUUUAUUUUGUCAUUAGCUGUAUUUAGCUCUUUUCUCACUGGUAUGGGCCGAGUAACCCAGGGCUUACAUAUUGUGUAUAUAUACACUUCUCAUUAUCAAUGUAAAGACACGAAAAUUCUCCUCAUAAUUAUUUUAGAAUCUCAAAUUUAU